AUGGGGAACUGCCUUUCUAGAAAGGCCCCUGAUGUGAACGUCUCAGCUCAGGGUGGGAGCAAUGUCUCUGCUCCAGCUGUGUUGGAAAGCACAGCUCAGAGGGACUUCAACAUCUCCACCCACAUCUCCAACGUCCAUCAUCACUAUGGUGCUGAGACCUCAACUCCGGCACAACCAGUACAGAAGCCUGAUGGGCUGUUUCCAAGAUGCCAACAAGAACUCAAAGACAAGCUAUCCAAGAAGUUCCAUAAUGUGCAUUACGUCAUCCCAAGGCAGGGAGGAGCUGCAUCUCUGGAGGAGAUCUACACAGAGCUCUACAUCACAGAGGGGGAAUGUAAAGAGGUCAGUACUGAACAUGAGGUCAGCCAGAUUGAGAUGACAUCCAAGAUAAAGACACCUAAGAGGCAAACACCAAUCAAACCCACUGACAUCUUCAAGUGCUCAUCUGGGAAAAACAAACGCAUCAGAGUAGUUAUGACAAAGGGAGUUGCUGGAAUUGGGAAGACAAUCUCUGUGCAAAAGUUCAUUCUGGACUGGGCCAAAACCGAGGAAGAUGGGGUCAAACCGGAUGAAGAUGGGGCUAAACAGGAUAUCGAUUUCCUGUUUCCUGUGUCUUUUCGGGAGAUAAAUCUGAUGGAAGAGAAGAAAUACACUCUCAUAGAAUUUGUUCAUCACUUUUUCGGUAAAACAUCUGACCUCAUCUUCUCCACUGAUGAAAAGUACAACAUUGCCUUCAUCUUUGAUGGCCUUGAUGAAAGCAGGCUUCCUCUGGAUUUCCAGAAUAAUAAAUGCAUAUACAAUGUAUCAGACCCUGUCACAGUUGACUCCCUUCUGACAAACCUUAUCAAAGGGAAUCUGCUCCCCUCUGCUCAAAUAUGGAUCACCUCCCGACCAGCAGCAGCCAAUCAGAUCCCUCCUGAGUGUGUCGACCAGGUGACAGAAGUGAGGGGUUUCACUGACCCACAGAAGGAGGAGUAUUUUAGGAACAACAUCAAUGAUCAGGAAAUGGCCAGCAGAAUCAUCACACACCUGAAGAGAUCCAGGAGCCUCUACAUCAUGUGCCACAUUCCAGUCUUCUGUUGGAUGGCAGCCACUGUCUUGGUUUCUAUCCUGACCAAAGACAAGGGUCAUGAGAAUCCAGCUUCCUUGACCCAGAUGUACAUACACUUUCUGAUCAUACAAGUAAGAAGUACACUGACUGGGACCAGAUGA